AUGAUGACGCUGGGCGAGAGGAGACUCGUGCCAGCGACACUUGUGAUGACUCUCGCUGCGAAGGAGGAUCAGAGUUUUCCCAUGGCGGCGACGGGGAGGAGGUCGCCCACGCCGACGGUAGGCAGAGAUUCACCUGCGCCGACGACGGGGCAAAGGUUGCCCGCGCCCGCGGCGGUGAUGGGCAGACGGACAUCCGCGUCCACUAUGUCGGCAAGCGGCAGGGCAUCCGCAGCGAGCGCGGAAUCGCCUGGGCGGGCGGCCCCGAGGCUUCAGGCCGACCCGUGGGAGACGCCCCCAGGCCGGUCGUCAGGAGGCGGCAGCGUGCCGCGAGCCCAGAGGAGCGGCGCGGGCAAGCGCAAGCUGAGCUCCCUGUUAGACCGCAGGGCCACCACCAAGGAUCCGGUCCGCCUUGUGCCGACCAAGGCCAAAAAGAUCAGGGCGAGCGCGACGCCGCAUUCAGCGCCGCAGCCCCCGACCGGAGGGUCCCAGACGCCAGAGGCGGCUGGCACGAUGCUCCAGGAGCGGCUGAAACAAAUGUCGCUCGACAAGAGCGAGGAGCUGGGCUGUCGGUACACUAGGGAAUAUGUGCUCGCAGAAGACAACGCCCGUCUGCUCACGCAGAUAAGCGAAGUCAACGCCCGGGUGGACGAGCUGGAGGAGCGGGACCACGUGUGGGAGGAGGAGCUGGCCCAAGCCCGCCGCGAGUGCGACAGGCAAAGAGCCGCGGCCGAGCACAAGGCCCAGGUGGUCGAGGAGCAGGCUGCGGAGCUGCGUCAGAAGGACCAGGCGCUCGAGGCGAAGGAGGCUGAGCUUCAGCGCGAGAAGGCAGCCGUCACCACGCUCACCGUCACCCUCACGGAGAAGGACGUCAUCCUCGAGGCAAGGGAGGAGGCCAUCCGCAACACAGAAACUGCCCUCAAGGAGAGGGAGGCCUCCCUGUCCGUGCUCAAGCAGCAGGCGAACGCCGCACGGGCUCAGCUGGAGGAGGCGCAAGAAUGCCUGAGGAAGGUGGUGGCGGACGAGACCUCGGUGAAGGAAGCCGCCCAGGUCGCGUUCACAGUGGCGCAAGUUGAACAUGCAGACCUGGAGCAUACCGCCGUGGCCAGUGCCUUCCGCCUCGGCGUUCAAAGAACCCUCAGCGUGGCCUCGAUGCACUACGACAUGGACCUCGAGCAAGUGUCAUCGGGGUACGUCGUUGCGCCUGGCGUCGAGGGGGAUGCAGCAAGGGAUUCUAUGGAAGAGGGCGACGCUGUCGUCGAGGGUUACGCCGCCGUCUUGUCCAGGAAGAUUGGGAUGACCUCGUCCCUGAUGUCGAAGACAAUGCUGCUGAAGAUAGGCUUCUGCGAGAAAGUUUAA